AUGCAUCAAGGUGCUCAAACUUGUGAAGAAUUAUUAGCAUUUUAUAAAGAGCGUGUUCAACUCGAGGAAGAAUAUUCACGUCGUUUAAAUGCCAUCUCUAAGAAAUCAAGAGGAACAUUUGAAACUGGAUUAUUAAGAGAAUCUUUUGAAACUUUAAGAAAUGAAACUGAACAAAUGUCAAGAUCUCAUUUAAAUGAAGCAAGAAAAUUACAUAGUGAAGCUUUAUUAAAAGUUGAUUCAUUUUUAUCAAAUUUUUUAGCAAGAUGUAAACCAUUAGAAACUUCAGUGGAAAAUAUCAAGAAAACUAAAAAUCAAUUAGAAAUUCAAGUUGCAAGAUUAAAAGAGAAAUAUUCAAAUGAAGUUACAAAAUUAAAUAGUUAUAUUGCUCAAGAAUCAUUACUUUUAGGUAAAGAAUUAGAAAAAAAUCAAGAUAGAGCUUAUAGACAACAACGUAUUGUUAAUGAAUUAAGGGAAGAAUACUUGUUAGCUGUUCAAAAUUUAGAACAUACACAAAAUAUUUGGAUUGAUGAAUGGAAAAAUUCAAGUACAAAGUUACAAGAUUUAGAAAUUGAAAGAAUACAAUUUUUAAUUUCAAAUAUUUGGGAAUAUACAAAUACUGUUUCAACUUCAUGUGUUACUGAUGAUGCUUCAUGUGAAAAUAUAAGAUCUUCAUUAGAAUUAUGUGAUCCUUCAAAAGAAAUUUCAACAUUUGUUAAAAAAUUUAAAACUGGUUCAGAAAUUUAUUCUUCACCAAAAUUUAUUGAUUAUUUAAAUGGUGAUCGUGAUGAAGUUGGUUUACCUGAAGUUAUAAGUGCUUUUGAUUCAAGAUCAACAUCAGCUUCUACUCAAGUUCCAACACCAACAACAACAACUAGAUUACAUUCACAGAAAACUGGGGAACAACGUUAUGCUCCAUCAAAUAAUGGCUCACAACAUUCUUCAACAAAAUUACAAAGAAGACCACCACCUUCAGAUGAUGGACAAACUUCUAUAUCAAAUCCUUCAUCAAUUGGAACUCAAUUACAUAGAAAAGAAAGUGAAUAUUCAAAUCCAACUUCAAUUUCAAGUUUUACAGAAAGUAUUGAUAAUGAUUUAAGAUUAUCCAAGAAUUGGAAUUCUCCAUCACGUCGUCGUUCAAGAAAUUCAGAAUUUAAUGAAAGUUGGAAUAGAAAAAAUUCAAAUAGAAGAUCAUUUAUCCUUGAUACUACACCUAAAAAAGUUAAUCAACCAUAUGUUAUACCAUCAAAUCAAGAUCCUUUAAGAGCUACAUUAGAAGAUUUAAAAAUUGGUGGUAAUGGUGAUAUGAAUAAAUUUCGUCAAGUUUUACAAAAUACAAACCAACAAACAUCAACUCCACAACAGCAACAACAACAACAACAAAUGAAUCCAAUUAUGAGAUCAGAACCACGUAAAUCUAAACCAACAUUCAUUGAUUUAACAGAAACCCCAACAGCACCAGAUUUUAAUAGUUCAAUGUCAAGUGAAAGAACAAAUGCUACAACAAUAAGACCAAAAUCAAUGGUUAUAGAUUCACAUCCACAAUUAAUCACUGAGGAUCCAUCAAUGAAACGUUCUUCAUUCCAUGCAGGAUUAAGAUCACAAAGUAAAUCAACAAUAAAUUUACAAUCUAAAGUUGCAACUAAUGGAUUACCAUUAAUAACAAGACAAGGUAGAAGAGUUAUUAAACAUGCAAAGGCAAUUUUUGAUUUCAAAGCAACUAUAAAUGAAGAAUUAUCUUUUAAAGAAGGUGAUAUUUUAUUAGUUGUUCAUAUGCAAGAUGAUGGUUGGUGGGAAUGUGAAAGAUUAGAAGAUGGUAAUACUGGUCUUGCGCCAUAUAAUUAUUUGGAACGUGUAUGA